GUGAUCCGCAUUUGCAUACACUGCAAUUCCACAUGCAAAUUUGUACGACUCCGCAGGCAAACGGCUCAUUAGGUGCCUCGAUAGCUAUCUGCAGGCACGCUUCCUCGGCUGACACAUGCAGGACUAGCAAAGGUGGACGGAAUUAGUGGAUUCGGGACGUGCAGUUCUAGCUCUUCUGCCGUGAAGCAGCUUAGCGUGCAGUUUUUAGGAGCGGGAAGGAACCGGCUGGUAGAGGGGGGCAAUGCAGCGCAAGCCCCGGCGCGCCGUCGGGGCCCUGGCACGGCUGCCGAGCUCUCCCGGGGGGCUGCGGAGAGGCCCGAGGCCCCCCUGCUCAGCCCCCUGUGCCUGACGAAGGACAGGAGCCUCCAGCUCCCGGGCUAUAAAAGCCAGGGGAGGCCCCAGGCAGGCUUGGCUUGAGCUGGAAAUGCCUCCCUGGAAGCAGAGUAGUUUUACUUGUCACCAACAACCUGCCCUGUUGUGUCCACCGCCUGGCUAGAAAACUCCGAGGAGAAGCUGAGGGCAAGCCACAUCUCAGAGACAGUCCAUGGGGACUGUACCAAAUCCUCUGAGAUCUGCCAAGAAUUCCCUGGUCACAGCUUCUGCAGAGGAGGGCCACCUGGGAGACCUGCAGUCUGCUAAGCACCAUCCACAACUACCCAGUGGAGAGAGGGCCAGCAAUGGCUUCCCAUGCACACCGUCCGGCUCUGCUGGAGUUUGCUUGUUCAACCUGAAAUGCACAGCAGCUGCCAGCACACAGAGGUGUGAGCAGCGCUGUGAGGACGAUGUUAGUCAGCAGGAAGCCUUCUCUCCCGGGCUUGCCAGCAAAGCUGCGGAGGGACAUCCUGCAACCAUAGAGCCUGCUGGUUGCUCCCAGGCAGCAGGCAGCCAGGGACCAGCAGCGCCAGCCCCUGCUCCAGCAGGAGCCCCCUUGGUGGGGCAGGGGCCAGAGAUGAUGCCAGCUCCCCAGAGCUCCCGGCAGUUUGUGCAAGGCAGCCAGGCAAAAACAAGCUCCCUGACACAAAUGGAUGAGACUGCCUUGAAACCUCAGGGGACUGGUGAUCAGCCAGCACUUGAGGUGUUAAAUUAUUCUUCCCCAGGUGACCCUGUUAGGGCUAAUGAGUCCUGCUGUACUUCUCAGGCAAACCUUCUGCAAAGAGGGGAAAACGACAGGGGAGUGGAAAAAACUGGUUCUGCUGCGUGUCAGACAGGCUCGCCAGUGAGGCAAACUGAAGCUGACCUGGGGAGAGACCCACAGACUGGUUUGGAGGCAAAGAGCAGGGCUGCAGACACUGCUCAGUUGCACCCCACAGAUAAAACUGAAGCAGUGCAGAGUAGUGAGGAACUAGCCCAGUCUAGCCAUGAGAAUCUGCAUCCCGUACACAACACAGAUGCUGAGCUGGGAAGUCCAGGCCCCACCGAGCUCUCCAAAUUCAGAGAAACGGGUACAAUGACAGUUCAGUCGGAGAGCAGCUCUUCAACUCAGGAAGCAGUAAGCAGGACAUGGCGAGAUGCUGAAGUUCAGGCUGUGGCUACUGUGGAGAGCAAGUCGGCCUCCACCAGUCCCAGCAUCCUUGCUGCCUUCUUAAAAGGGAACCUUCCUCCAGAGGAGAAGGAAGAACUGCACAUCGUUUACCAAGGAGGUAAGGGGCUGAGCCAGUCUGCGCUUACUGACAGAUUAUCCUCACAACAAAAGUCCCCAUGUUCUCCUGAUAUAACAUCAAAAUCGACUGUUGUUACAGCUGUGACUGCUUCAGCCCAGGCCCAGCCUGUCAAACUGCCUGGAGUCCCAUCUGACAUGGCGUCUCCCGCCUCAACAGAUAAUGCAAAACCUCCUCUCCCCUCCUCCCCUGCAGCCGUUACUUCCCAAGGGACAUCUGUGGGUAAUGCUGAAAUGAUCGUUGCAGCUCAUGACGGCAAGGAUGCUGCUCGGCUGCCAGUGGAUGCUCCAUUCCCACCAAAGCCCAUCCUUGUUGAGCAGCUUGCAGUUGACUCCAGUAAUCAAACUCCAGCAUGGGCUGGGUCUGGCACUGGUGAACCAAGCACCACGUCUGCUGCCACUGCCCCAGGAUCCAAGAACCAUGUGCAAGAUCUUGUCUGUGAUGCAGGAAGCAGACAGUUACCUUUACCUGGUAACGCAGAUGGUGAAGUCAAGCAGAAGGAGGUCCUGGGCAGCUCUGAGCAAAAGCCAGUACAAUGUAAGGGUGUGAGUCAAGGGGGGGCCAUUCCUAAUCAAUCUGUGGUAAAACCGAAGGAAGAAAACUCAGUGGUGCUUGAUCCGAAAGGAGGGAUGAAUGUUAGCAGCCAACCUGCUGCUGUCCGCAUAAAGGCAUGCGUGGAGGAUGCAGGUGAAAAGGAGGAGAGCAGAGGCCAGGGAGACCCUGGCCAGGCCCAGACAGACAGCAGCCAGAACCAGCAGGCAGGACUAACGCCUGAGUUGAGUGCAAGCUCUGCACAUCUCACCCUUCCCUUGGAGGCAUCAGCAGCUCCCCAGCAGCAAGGCCUCCAGGCCAAGGAGCCCAGUGAGCUUCACACAGCAGCUCUUCCUGCUUCAGCUCAGGCCUUGCCAAACUUGGGGGAAAACAAAAAGCAGCCCACCCCAGCCAUGGAGGCAAAAGUGCAAGUGAAGCAGUCCAAGCAUGUCAGGGAUGUUGUUUGGGAUGAGCAAGGCAUGACGUGGGAGGUUUACGGUGCUUCCCUUGAUCCAGAAUCCCUGGGAAUUGCCAUCCAGAACCACUUACAGAGACAGAUACGGGAACAUGAGAAACUGAUCCGGGCCCAGAACAGUCAGACCCGGAAAUCCAUUUCCUCGGAUACAUCCUCAAAUAAAAAACUGAAAGGGAGGCAGCACAAUGUGUUCCAGUCCAUGCUGCAGAAUUUUAGGCGUCCUAAUUGCUGUGUCCGACCUGCUCCUUCUUCUGUGUUAGACUGAUGUGGUUUGCAGGGGCGCAUAGAUGUCUGCAGUGGUAGAGAGAGUCCCCCCUGUCAAGUCUCAAGUCCUGCUGUUCAGUUGUGUUAUUGGGGUUGUGACGCAGCAACAGUGGAAAGUUAUUCCCCUUUGUUUUCUGAGUAGCCACGCGCUCCAUCAUGCUGUUAUUACUGCCACAGCUGGUGUAUUUCCACAUUACACCCCCGUCCCAACUACUGUCAGAUGAAAAGCUAGGCACUUAGCAAAAGCACAAAUUUAAAUUGCCACCUUGCUGCGGGGAGAGCAGCACCUUCUGAUAAAGCAAGAUGCAGAGAGAUUGUCAGAAUUAUUAUGGGAAGCUAUUUGUGUGCAUCAUGAGGACUUAUACAAAGGGGUGAGCUGAGGGAAGCUGAGUGAGGUGAAACUAAGGUCCAACAGCUGUAAAGACCUAAUGCAAGACAGCUUUCCUGGUGCGUAAGUUAGUCACGCUGAGGCAAGUCCGUGAAAAGGCUAGACAUUAAUCACUGAGCAGUCUCUCUUCCGUUGAUGCUGUGGGGCACCAUUAUCAUGUGAGCCCCAGAGAACCAGGUCUUCCCCUCCCAUUGAAACAGAGAACCAGACAGAGUGAGGAUUAAGGCUGAAAGAUUAUCUCUUUGGGGGAAGUUAAAUCAAUGGGAUUUUGAUGGCUAGAAGGGAAGGUGAGAGAGGGAUACAUUCUAUAGGCUUUUUCUGCCCUGCAUCAGCCACGCUUAAGGUAUAAGCAGGUGAGGCAUGAGAGAGCAUGUCAGUAGAUGUACCCGCAUCCGACAGGACAGUGCCCUCACUCGUGCUGUGGCGCUCCAGCCAAGUCUUUCAAAAGCAGGGAGCUGUUCUGGCUCCUCAGCGGGAGUGGGCAAUGCCUGCUCCCAGCCUCCUGCAGCGCUGAGCACCUCCCCUCUGAAUCGCUCUUUAAAGUGAUGUGGAUCUUUUUUCUCUCUCCAGAGAUGCACAGUAACGUUUUCCCCUAGGAGCAGCCUAUCCUGUGCAUCUGGGUCCAUAACCCUACACGUCUAGUGUGUUACACUGAUUUUUUUUCUUUUAAGUCCUUAGCCAAAUCUACUUCCCCCCCCCCCCCCCCCCCCCCAGUAUUUUGGUGCUUUUCUUGCUGCCUCUCAUAAACUGAAUACCAUUUAUUUAGCCUGUGCGUAUUUUGUUUUACCUAAUGUUCUCUAUAUUAUAAACCAUUAUAUUGUUAACUUGACACAUUUACUUUAUAGAAUUACUGAAAUCUUGAGACAAUCUUUGCUGUAUUUCUAAUGUUAGAAAAGUUGUAGAAACUGCUAAUAAAAGGUAGCUUAGUGACUGUUUCUCCACAAGUGUGAUAUACGAUAAUGUCUCAACUGUAUGUUGGUCACAUUUCUCACCUUAAUAAUAUUUUUCAACCUGGGAAAUGUGUUUCCCACCAACUUUUUUAUUCUGUCCACUAGAGUUCAUGAUGGGAGGCUGGGGAGCUUCUGCAGUUUGUAGAAAAUUUAGUGUUCUUUCCUGCAAAGGAUGGAAUAUUUGGAUAUUGUAAUCCUGCAGAGUAGUAGCAUUAAACAGGGGUUGUUUUUAUUCCAUUAAAGAUUUUUCAUGAAUCAUGAUGAUAAGUUAUUUCUGUCUCUAGUACCACACACCAGACUUACUCUGUAGAUCUUACUCUUACAACUUACUCUGUAAAUCUUACAGGUUUACACAGUGUAAAUGAAUGCUAAUAUAAUUUUUUAUUUUCUUCUGUGAAACAGAUGUGAGGUGGUCCCCUUUUAUUUAGAAGGCCAGACUUUUUGGGUAUAUCAACUGCCAAGCCUUCAAAGCAGCUGUUUUGGGCAUUUUUUCCCCAGCAGAGAGGUAAAAUACUAUAAGAUACAAUUUUUUAACCCAGUUCAAUGAAAGUACUAUGCCCCUAGGCAUAGUACUAAAUUGACUCCUAGUUUUCCUCUGGUAUAUAUUUGACACAUCCUUGUUCCAUUUUUAUAUGUUAUUUCAAGUCCUCCCACUUGAUGCUGAAUUGCUGAUUGUGAAAUACCACAUUAGAGAGUGUCUUCCCACCUCUGUCUAUCAGGAGGAAAGCCUCCUUCCUUUUUUCUGUUAGUGCUACUGUUUCCAGCCCCUUCUUAGCAGUGUCCAAGAUGUGAGUAACGUGAAAUUUUGUGUGGGAUUAAAAUUGGCAGUAUCAUUAGGUCAGGUUAGUUGACAAGUUCCAUGUCUCUUCCUGCGUUUUGUCCGUGUCAGCCCUGAAGAGGUCCCCCGAGUUGCCUGCAGUGUUUGCUGUGUCCUGUCCAGGUCCAAGGCUUUGCACUGCUCCUUCUGCCUCCCUUCUGCCCCAUCCCUCGCUAGCUGCUGCCCAGCCUGUCUUCCUGCAAAGCAGUGUCUCUUGGCUCAACUUGCACCCCUCUCUCCACUGUCCUGCUCGCUGUAGCAUUGUGAGCCAGCUUACUCUGAACUGUCCCUUUAAGAAUAUGCUCAGUCUGAAUAUAUAAAUGGAUUGUCAUAUUUUUUUCCAGAGGAGAAUAAAUGGCUAUCACGCA